AUGAGGCGUCGGAGCCGCUCGCUGGUCCAGCUCGGCUCCAGUCGCGGCCGCCGGAACCGGACGCCUGCACGGGGCACGCGCCCCCCCGAGGGCGCGCAGGACCAGCCGCAGGGGACGGACCGGCGCCGGCUCAAGCUGACCGUCGUCGGCGACGGCACCGUCGGCAAGACGUGCCUGCUGCACGCCUUCGUCAACGGCACCUGUCCGGACGAGGCCGAGUACAUCCCGACCGUCUUCGACAACUCAUCGCUGGACUGGAGCGUCGGAGAGACGCCGGUGCAGCUCAGCCUGUGGGACACGGCCGGCCAGGAAGAGUACGGCCGACUUCGCCGGCUCAUCUACCCGGCGACAGACAUAUUUGUUCUAUGUUACGCUGUCGACAACGUCAACUCCUUCAAGAACAUCAGCUCCCUGUGGUGGCCAGAGCUUCGUCAUGACUGCCCCAAUACUCCCAUAGUGCUCGUCGGUGAGUACCGACUGGGCGCCGCCGGCUUCCUCGAGUGCUCGGCCCGGGCGUGCCAGGGCGUGCGCGAGGUGUUUGACGUGGCCGCCCGAGGCGCAGGGCGCGCUGGCGCAGCCGGCCAGCGUGGAAUUCCCGUCAGCGACGCGGCCGACGGCGGCGAGCGGCGAGUCCAGCUGGGCCCAGCUGCCGCGGAGUGUGCCGGCAGGGAGACGGCGUCGCCGCUGCAGCCGGAUCACCAGUGA